AAGGAAACAAACAGAGUGAAAGAAGAGAGAGCUCGGGAGAGGACGGGAGAGGAAUUUACUUAUUUACAUCACCGACAAAGCCUCGGGAGGAAGACAAACUCCUUUUCGAAGAGUUCCUGUUCCUUAACCGGCAUUCAUCGACCGAUUAGAUUUUAAAAGUCUUCGAGCAAUGGCCCAAGAGACAAACCAGAGUCCCGUGCCUAUACUGUGUACCACAGGCUGUGGUUUCUAUGGCAACCCUAGGACCAAUGGCAUGUGCUCGGUAUGCUAUAAGGAGCACCUGAACAGACAGCAAAGCAGUGAUCGUAGUCCCAUGAGCCCCCUGGCUGGCAGCCCCUCAGCAGAGGCCUCCGCUAUACAGAGACUAGAAGCCAGCAUAAACAAAGCAGAGCCUUCACCUGCACCCAGCACAGAUACCAUGAGAGAAAGUAUUCCUUCAACCUCUUUACCAGUCACACAACAGAUGACAGAAAUGAGCAUUUCUCGAGACGAAAAGGCCCUGUCUCCUAAAGCUGAGGCUGCUGAACCAGUCAUAACACAGCCCACCUCGUCCUACUCCCCCAUCCCCGUGGCUCAGGGCAGCGAUGAAGGCAAGAGCCCAGAUUCCUCGAAACCUAAGAAAAAUAGAUGCUUUACCUGCCGUAAAAGAGUCGGACUAACAGGUUUCAACUGUCGAUGUGGUAAUCUGUUCUGUGGAAUUCACCGGUACUCAGACAAGCACAACUGCACUUACGAUUACAAGGCAGAAGCUGCUGCUAAGAUCCGUAAGGAGAAUCCCGUAGUGGUGGCCGAUAAGAUCCAGAGAAUAUAAGCUUUACCCUGUUUCUCCAAUAACACUGGUGGAUAAAAUGGACGACUUGAAAAACGGACUUGUGUUUUUCGAUCACUCUAAGAGGAAAGUGAGAGAACUGUACCGUCUGAGGCUCAUGCAUGAACGAUCUUGACAGAUUUUUUUGGUUUUCGAAUAGGUAUUAAUUUCCUUCCGUUUUGUUUUGCUCUCCUCUCUGUGGUGUUUUAUGCUAGUUAUCUUGCAUAUUCUUUUUAUUUUCUAAAGCAUAGGACACCUUUCAGGAAAUUUUUAGCUUUUAUAUUCGUUUUUUUGCCUGUUCCCGCCAUCAAGCAAUGGGAGUGGCAGAUACUCUGUGCCAAAACGUGGCCGUGUAGUUUCUGAGUAAGUAGUGUUCCGCCUUUGACUUAUCAUGAAUGACGCUGGAUUUUUCAAGAGGUGUGUCAGAGCUCUACCUGAUGAUAUGUGCAGCAUGUUUCGGUCUGUUAAACUGCAGUUUAUCAUUACAGUCUGUUCUAGCAAAAUCAGUUGGAAUGCGAGGCCGCCCAGUCGUUAAUACCAUUUAUUUAGCAUUAUUUUAGAAUGUGAACUUGCUACUGUGACAUCAUACCUUUUCUUUGUUUUUAAAUGAAAGGUUGAGAUUCAUCAGAAGUAAUUUUUUUUUUUUUU